AUGUGUGAGUCACCCGCACGGAAUGGGAUCCACGCCCCCGGAAGUUCCUCGCGGAGGCUUCUACUCUACGGAGACUACCUGAAGUUGCACCAGCUUCUCGACUGCCAGCAGAUGGUCUCGGAACAUCACGGCAAAGAGCGGGUCCACGACGAGCACCUCUUCAUCAUCACGCACCAGGCUUACGAACUUUGGUUUAAGCAGAUUCUCUUCGAGCUGGACUCAAUCCGACCACUUCUCCACACAAAGGAAGUCAAUGAAUCCAACAUGUUUCAAAUAACGUCACGGAUGAACCGGGUGGUCCUCAUUCUAAAGCUGCUCCAAGAACAAGUGGAAAUCCUCGAAACGAUGACUCCGUUGGACUUCAUGGAAUUCAGGGGCUACCUCGCACCCGCGUCCGGUUUCCAGAGCCUACAGUUCCGCCUCAUCGAAAACAAGCUGGGUGUCAAAAACGAACUCCGAGUGAACUACGGGAAGCAGCACUACCAAAAAGUCUUCGAGGAUCCGACGGCCAUCAACAUGAUACGGGAGUCUGAGAAGGAACCCACGCUCUUGCAGCUCAUCGAGCGGUGGCUAGAAAGGACCCCUGGCCUGGAACCUAACGGCUUCAACUUCUGGAAGAAGUACCAAAAUGUCGUGGCUCUAAUGUUGGACAAGAUGGAGGCAGAUGCCAAGGCUCAAGGCGACCAGGCAGUUCUUGACAGCGUGGCCAAGAAAAGGGAAACGUUCGACAGCCUUUUCGACGUCUCCAAACACAACGCCCUUGUGUCCAGAGGGGAACGUCGUCUGAGCCACCUGGCCAUGCAGGGUGCCAUGAUGAUCUCGCUGUACAGGGACUACCCGCGCUUCCACCAGCCCUACUACCUGCUCACACUGCUCAUGGACGUCGAUUCCCUCGUCACCAAGUGGAGAUACAACCACGUGCAGAUGGUCCAGCGCAUGAUUGGGUCGCAGCAAAUCGGAACUGGAGGCUCUUCGGGCUACCAGUACCUCCGGUCCACGCUCAGCGACCGCUACAAGGUGUUCCUGGACCUGUUCAACAUCUCGACCUUCUUGAUCCCGCGCUCCUGCAUCCCCAAGCUGACCUCCGACAUGAGCAAGAAACUGAGCAAUCGGGACGACGAAGACGCCGUGCCCGAAGACGGGGAAGCACCGCAGAUCCCGGACCCGGAGUUCCCCGGAAAGUUCCUCUAAGACGCCGCGGAUUCUGCCCGCGGAUCUUGUCAGGAUCCCGCCUGGACCCCUUCACCAAUCUAUAGCCCGGAUUCUGACAGGAUCCCACCAGGAUCUUUCCAGGAUCCAGUACCGAUCGUACUGGGAUAUGUCGCCCGGAUCUUGUCGAAAUCCCGUCCGGAUCCCUCCCGGAUUCAGUCCGGACCCUGCCAGCAUAUCACCCGGAUCUUGUCCGGAUCCCGCCCAGACCCUUCACAAAUCUACCCCGGAUCCUGACAGGAUGUCGGCCGGAUGUUGUCGGGAUCCUGGCCCGAAUGCAACCUGGAUCCUUCCCAGAUCUUUUCAGGAUCCCGUCCAGUUUCAGCCCCGAUCCCGUCAGGAUCGUACUCAGAUUCUCCCCAGAUCCAGCCCGGAUACUUCCCGGAUUUUGUCGGGAACCAACCCAGAUCCAGCCUGGAUUUUCCCCAGAUUUUGUCAGGAUUCUGGCAACAUCCUUCCCAAAACCAGUCUGGAUCCCUCCCAGAUCGUGCCCGGAUCUCGCCCAGAUCUCGUCCCGACACCGUCAUGCAUUUCAGUCCAUUGCCAAAACGAUGACCCUUGCAAUGGUCUAGGGUCUCGUUAAAGUGAUCAGCUUCUUAAUAUAUACACGUUUUCAUUCCAGACAGAGCGCCGCGUUAAAAGUGACUGGUUGGAAACAGACAUUCCUUUCAACAUGCGCUCUGUGCAAUACAGCUUAGAUGGGAAACAAACUAUUUUUAGAAGCGCACCUGCUAAUCAUAAAGACAGAGAGGAUAACUGGACUAGUUGGUACGAGUUCAUCUUGAAACAGCCCGAAUGCUACACGGACGAAGGAAAGAAGUGGAAGGUACAAGCCGUAAAGACAGGUUUUCCCUGUAUGUUAUCUUAUAUGGAGUUUAAGUAGAAACUAGAAAAUCCACUGAUACACGUUUAAAAUUGUUUUGUACGACUCCCUGUAACAUAUCCAAACCCUGGAAAACAAACCUCUAAUUUAUCACUCGCAAAUAUAUCGCAGGUUGACGGGAGAUCAUUUGGUGCGAAUUUGCAUCGUUCAGUUUGAAAAUGAUAAAGGUAUGUAGUCCUGCGGCCUAGAACUUUAUUUAGUUAUAGCUCAGCUCAAGCAAAGGAACUAAAAAGUGUCUAAAGGAAUAGUCCAUCAUAUGCUUUGAGCUUAGUGCAUAAGCAUAACUUAUUUUUUGAAAGAGAGAGAGAGAGCGAGUUAAUAACCAUUAUUCAAUACAGCCAAUUUUCCCUCUUUUUGGAGGAAAAAAGUCGGACAACGAAUUACAAUUAUUUUUUUAAGCACACCUCACAACUGGCGCAGCUAUUAAUCCCUAUUUCGUAAAAACGUACACAUUUUCAUAUGGGAUUUUAAUUUUUUUUUCUCGCAACUUUGCGAGCAUUGCUUUCCGCAGCGGACAAACUAUCCACGACUGCGUGCAGGGCAAGCACGUGGAGACAUUGAGUUGGCUGGAAGAUUUAUUGUUUCUUCUGCCUGGCAUCGAUAUUUUUUCUUAUGCCUACGUUUUGCAAGUUCAUUUAUGGCUGUCAGCUCUUUUGCCUUAGAUUGUUCAUCGCGAAAGUUACCCAAACAAAAUAGUUUAUUGGUACUUUUUUUAUUUUCUUUCUAAAAUCCGAAUCACUAUAGGUGGCUCGCUACGGCAGCACGUCGUAACAUUGAGCGAGCCGUGCACAACAAAUAAGCGCGCGUAGUUCAUUCAUAUAAUAUCGUCUAGAUUUGAAAUGAGUUUCACUUCUAUUAUUUUGCCUCGACAAAAAGAAUUUCGCGAUUUUAGAACCGCGAUAGCAGGAUCAUUAAAAAAAAAAAAAAAGUGUAUUCGCGAUAUCAUCGACAAAGUUUAGACCAAGGCAACCUUUGAUUAUUUUGCUCACAGCUGUUCUGAACAAACUGACAAGCGGCAUUCAGGCAUCGUGUAAGUAAAAGUAUAAAACACAACAACAAAGAAAAGAGCACUGCGUGAAAAGAAACCUGUAGAGCAAACGAUACAAAACGGAUCGUGUAACCUUCAAAGUCGUCAAGGUAAAAAAGUUUGGACGUUCGAGUCUGAAUUCGGUCUUAGCUAGGAAAAGAACAAAAAGUCAACAAAACGCAAAAAAAAAAAAAAAAAAAUCUUAGCUGUAGUGUGUUAUAGGCGGAGUGUAGCUGUAUUAUAGUAAAUAUAAUGAUAAUAAAGCAUUUUCCAUUCUUGGUGUGACGUUAUUUCUUUACCUGUUCUACUUUUCGCCACUACUUUACUUUUUUCCCCGCUCAACAAGCGUAUCGCCUCGCCCGAAGGGAUGUAAAAAAUCUUCAGUUGAAAAAACAAAACAAAAAACACUAUUAAAUAGUAAUACAUUCAAUUCUAAUUUUUAUUUUAGCUUAAAAUUUUUCAGCCUUUUCACUCUGAUGAAGAAGGAAGAGCAGCGGAGCUGUAUUAUGUGCCGCCAUCUAUGAGCGACGGCGGCAACCAGACAAUCGGGCGGCCGGCUGUCUGGUUCCCGCCGUCACUCAUAGAUGGCGGUAGCUGUCCAAAGCGUUGUGUCGAGAUUUAGUUGUCCACGGACACAAAACUGGGGACACUAGCCCUUAACAGCUCCGCUGUAAAACACAGAGGGUUGAAAACAAAAUGCUAAUGAGCAAACAGAAUCAAAUGAGACGUUGGAUGUUUAGCAAAAGAGUGGAAAAAAUAAAAAGCAAAUUAGACGUUCGUGUUUACUUAUUUAUUUAUUUAUUGUGCAUACCCUCAAGCGCCGGAGCAUUGUAGAGGGGAGGGGCAAAGCAAACAAAAAUAAA